ACCGUGAGCCGCACCACGUGGCUCGGCUCUGCUUCGGCCGGGACACUGGGUCGGGGGCUGCACUACGCAACUCCCAGAAGCCACGGGAUGGCCUCGAUCUGGGUCCUACGCACUCCAAUAGGAGCAGCAGGGGCGGUGCCUGUGGAUGGGGCAGAGUGCGGAGCCACCUGACCGUGCCUCCGCGUAGGAGCCGGAGAAGGGAUAUGCCACUGCUUCCGGGAGCUGCUUAUGGUGACACUGUGAACACAUGAAUGGCAGGAGAAGACUGUUAGCUGCCUCUGUAAUUUCUGUCCAAAACUCCAACUUUGUGUAUCCUUCUUGUCAAAAUUGCUUUUCUAAGCUGAUAUUAGAUUCUAAUAGGUUUAACUGUCUAAAAUGUGGCUGCACGGGUGAAGCUAAGGAUGCAAACUACAGGUAUAAGCUGUCCCUAAAAGUUGCUGGCACUAGUGAUUUAUUUAACAUUACCGUGUUUGGAAGCUCUUUAGAUCCAUUCUUUGGGGUCACAGCAGGAAGUCUGCAGAGGUAUAUUCAAGAUUUUAACCAAGUAGGAGAGCUGGACAGAGAUGUAUCUCCAAGUGUGUUAAUUCAAGCAGUCAAAACUUGUUUCAUUGGGAGAAGAUUUAUAUUUGGAGUGAAGAGCUCUGAAAAUGAUGAUAGAGGACACUCUGUUUAUGACAGCAUUUUGCAAAACUGCUACAGAAUUAAUAGACUUACAAGAGAUCUUACAGCCUGCCAGAUUUUCCUGCCAAACACGGCUGUUGCCGGCUUUACUGUUAUCAGCUACUUCCAUCAGCUCCUGCAAUCAGCUAAUUUCAGGAGCAGUCACUGUAGCUCACAGCAACCUGGUUGUCCUUUCAUUGCAAUAGAUCAGCCUAGCAGCGAGCUCAGCAGCUUGUGUAGCUCUGGCAGCAACUCAUAUUUUGUUCAGUCAGGUGGCCAAGAGAGUUUUUCAGGACCCUGGCAGCAGUCCUUUGGUCUGACUUCUUCAUCUGUUGAUUGGAUAACAACAGAAGACUUUUCAUCUUUAGAACUGGGCAAGGCUGCUGGUGAACAGUGUAAACUACAGGAGAGGCGUUUCUCUGCAGAAGUAUGCAGCCUAAGCCCCAGCAACCAAGCCAUUCAAGAUUUGCAGCUCUGUAACCCUCUGAAUGAGAGAAAUGAACAGGAAGAUAAUGAAUUCAGUUCACUAUCUAGUCAGUCAAACACGAUCACUGCAACUGAAAAACUAGAGAGCUUCUCUUCUUUAAAGAGAGAAUGGUCACCUGACAGGAACAGGUCCAGAUUGUUACAAAGCCCAUUGGAUUUAAAAUACUCUUGCCCAGAGAUUAUCAGCAGACAUGAUUACUUUCAAGAAAACUCUUUUAACUCCUUGAUUUACCAGAGAAAAGAUUAUUCAUUUUGCGCCUCAGCAGUGUCUCCUAAUUAUGGAAUUGCAGCUGGAACUUCUCAGGAUGACCCUAUGAUUUGGGAUGAGUUGCCGUUCUCUGAAAGUCUAAAUGAAUUCAUAGCCAGAAUUGAAAACAACAAGAGCACCCUAUCCCCAGUAGGUCUCAAUGCUCAUAAAUAUUCCCUGCAUGAAAGAAGUGAGUUGGAUGAAAAUCAUAGCAAAACAUCAUGUAGUCAAGGCAUUGUACAUGCUGCCUGCAAAUCAACCACCACAACAGGGAGGUUCCCACAACUAGCAGAGAAUGUGAAUACUUGCAAAGAGCAUAUUACCUCCUGCCAUCAAUCAAACCUCACUCCUGUAAAUGGCCAAGUAUCACAGAGUGAGUCUUUGACCAGCGUUUUAUCUACAAGUACUAAGGGAGGCAGAGAGUCUGACUUUAUACCUAACCUACCUCUGCUGGUGCUGUCCCAGUCCUCAGCAGUUACAGCAACUUUUGCUCUUUCAGCGGGCAGUUUUCUACAAUCUGAGGAAGCAAAUGUUAAUAUUUCAAACAAUGCCCAUUCUUUCACCAACCUUCAGUGUACUAUGAAAGAUGCAGAAAGCCCAUAUUUACAAAGGAGAGAGAAACCUGCCCGCUUACAUUCUCUAUAUGAUGGCUGUGUAGCCAAUUGGGAAAAUAAAGAAAAUUGUAGUUAUCCACCAGACCCAAGAACAGAUCUUACAAGUUCUCAAGACCUGGGCUGUGAUUCAGCAGCUCCCUACAAAGCUAAAAAUAUGUGUAAGAGAGAAUUAGAACCAUUAACUGAAUUGCAAGAAAAUACUGUUAGAGCUAUAAACCAGAGUGACUUGCUACAGAACAACUCCAAUCACCCCAAAAGCAGCUACAAUGCUUCUGCUGACCUCUUUGAUGCUAGUGCCAGAGAGAUAGAAACCAUGGUAGAAUUUUCAAAUAAGUCUCACAACUCUUCAGCACAGGAAGAUGUUUUGACUGAAAAGUGCACAGCAUCUGAAUUAGUGUGUAGUCCAUUAGAUGUUGACUGUAGCUAUUCAAAGUGCAGAUCCUCACUUUUUGGUAUACACAGUACACCCAUAACUUACUCACUUUAUGAUUUAGAACUUGAUCUGGUAGAUACCCAGAACUUUGUUCCUUAUUCACAGUCAACUCCUGUUGCAAGACCUCUUCAAAAAUUCAGAUCCCAGAGGGGGAGAAAAUCAGUUCUCCCUAAACUGACAUCUAAAAGUCCUACUAAAAUCCACUGCAAAUGUAAACCGUCUAGGCCUUCUUUUAAAAAUACUUUAUUAAGACAACUUACCAGCAACUUCCUGAAACACACAAGAUCAAGUAACAUAGCCAUCAAUAAGUCUGUUUCACAGCAAUCGUUUAUCAACAGCAAGGUGCCAGAGAAUGACUCUAAAGAAUGGAUUCCUCCAUCGGCAACAAAAUUGUUACAGCCAGUUGCAUUUUCUACUUUAAAAACAGUUGGAUUGCAAGCCAGGAGCCCAGCUAUCUGCAAACCCCUUGACAAAAAAACUAUUUCUGAAGACAAAGCCAACAGUGGAAAGUCAAGAACUGAUGCAUGUUUAAGAAGCAGAAAAUUAAAUCCUAUGAAUAGAGCUGGAAUUCCAACAACUCUUAUACCUGAAAAUGCUGCUAAGGCCUCGCUUCUGGAAGAUGCGGUGUCUGGAACUUGUGCCUGCUCAGAAACCCAGAAGAGCCAUUCAUGUGUAACUUAUUUAGUGGGUGGACUGGAUGACGCAGUUAGCUGGUCUCCUGAACUGUUUACAGAAAAAUACUAUUUCUAAGUAUGUGGCUUUUGGGGGGAAAAAAGCCUUAUCUUGAAACAUGACUCCACCUCAUUUUGUUUAAUUUUUGGAAGGGUGCCAGCAUUACCCGAGAAGAAAAAGGGCUGUUUUAAAAAAAGUGUAAUUAUUCAUACGUCUCUCGGCAUCUGUCUUGUUUUAAGAUGAAUUAUGCCUAGCUGCAAAGCCUUUUGUCUUGCACGGAGGUUGGGGAACACAGAACCCUGCUGUCACUUUAUUUUCUUGAGGAUGAAAUGACUAAGCUAAAAAAUGUGAAAUAAAAGUUUAACAUUAA